GGUCGUCGUCUAGCUACGCAUUUUGCAACAUCUUGUCACGGCAGUCCUUGUUUACAAUCUUGCUCGAGCCUUGUUUUGUGCGUUCUUUCAUGAUGGACGCGCCCUUCGCACCAUGUUUAUAUUGGUGAAUUAUCGUGAUAUUCUAUGAUUUGAUUAGUUUAUUCGCGUUAAUACCAACCACUCUUCCUCGAAUGUCUAUGGAGGGGGACGAGGGAAACCGCGACCAAUCGUCACGGGAAGAGUGGACACUCCUGUUUUGGACCGCUCUCGCUGUCGUAGUGCCCGUGAUCAUUACAUUGUGGUGCAGUGCCCAACGCUCCAAACGGAAAAUACACAUGAAAGACUUCUUCCGCAAGAGCAAGCACGGUUGGCACUGCACCGACCUGUUCAACAAGCCCACCUACUGCUGUGUAUGCCAACAACACAUUCUACAAGGGGCGUUCUGCGACUGCUGCGGAGUGUGCGCGGACGAGACAUGCCUGCGUCGGGCCGACCGGAGCCUUGUGUGCAAAGAGAUUAUGGCGCCGUCCCAAACGGAUGGGACAAUGGAGCACCGCUGGGUCCGGGGAAACGUCCCUCUCUGCAGUGUCUGCGCGGUCUGCAAGGAGCAAUGCGGGAACCAACCGAAGCUGUGUGAUUUUAGGUAAUAUUAUUUUGCUUCUAGGCUGUCAUUUGUGUGUGAGUUUCUAUCUGACACAUUAAUCAGAAUGAAGCCCAGGGGGAUGCAAAGGCGUUAACUUUUAUGUCUAUGGUUCUGGCACGAAAGACAGAGAAAGGGUGCUAUUUGUAAUUUUUCAAUCAUGGGGGAAGCUGAAAUUGCAUUAUUUGCAAAUUGACAGGAAUUAAUAAUGACCUCUUUCACUUACAAUUCUUAACCAGCACUCUAUCCAUCUUUUGCCUUGACAUUACAGUUAGCUCCACAUAAAUUGUGCUUGAUCCUCUGAUGGGUGUGUGUUUGGCCCUUGGCAGGUGUGUGUGGUGUCAGACCAUGGUGCACGACGACUGCAAGCCCAGCCUGUCAGACGGGGAGCGCUGUGAGCUGGGCGAGUUCCGCAGCCUCAUCAUCCCCCCUCACUACCUCCACAAUGUCAAUAAGCUCCGCCGCAGGCACCCCGAUGAGUACAGCAAGGUCAGAGGUCACACCCAGGGAGGGGUCAGUGUCUGGGUUUAGGGUGUCCCAAAUGGUGGAUCGGGACCGACUGUUUGGUUGCAUUACUAGCAACAGCCAGUCCCUCUUGAGUCAGGUUAGAAGACUGGGUUGUGGCUUGAAACAGGUUUUGUUUACUUUAAUUUUAAGUGUGUGUGUGUGUCUAGUUGGCGUCUGCCUGCGGGAGUGGCUGGACUCCAGUGCUGGUCCUGGCCAACACUCGCAGUGGGAACAACAUGGGGGAGGCUCUGCUUGGAGAAUUCCGCACCAUCCUCAACCCUGUCCAGGUCAGUCAGUCCUCUGUGUAGCAUCCUGUAGGAGCAUAUUAUGGAAUUAUUAAGAUGUCUAGGUCAAAUUGAACUAGCCCCCAAUAGGCACUCUUUCAAGUUAAAGUGAUUGUGGAGGUGGCGCGGUGAUGGCGGGAUGCAUAAACAUCUCCUCCCUCCCCUCCCAUCCACCGUUUCCCUUUUGUUUCCUCCCAUAUCAUCCCUUUUCUGUCUGCUAUCCUCUCCUUUCUCCUCCCCUCCCCUCCUUUCUCCUCUCCUCCCCUCCUUUCUCCUCCCCUCCUUUCUCCUCCCCUCCCUUCCUUUCUCCUCCCUUCCUCUCCCAGGUGUUUGACCUGUCGGAGCUGCCUCCCUCCAAGGCCCUGCAGCUGUGCACCCUGCUGCCUCCAGGCAGUGUGAGGGUGCUGGUGUGUGGGGGGGACGGCACCGUGGGCUGGGUGCUGGAUGCCAUCGACACCAUGAAGCUCAAGGUAAAGGACUGUGUGUGUUUACAUGUGUAACAUGACAGUGGCGGGCGCAGACGAGAGUCGUGCAGCUCUGUGCCAAAAUACUGUCGUAACUGCUGUUGUUGGUUGUUAUUGAAUAAGACGUCUAUAGAUGGCGUGCGUGUUUUUUAACGGAGUUGAGAACGUACCAUACUCACUCCACAGCUAGCUUGAAAUGUUGCCGAUGGAGCUAUCGCAUUAGAUCUUUUUCGAUAGCUCAAACGGGUGGUACGUUGUCAAGGAGGGCGGUCACGUGUGUUUGCGAGCAGAGGAUCACUGGUUCAAGCCCGGUAUGGGGACAGGGACAGUGGAGGAAGCUAUACUGUUAGCAGCACACUGAUGUCGGUUUCACAUGCGUGUGUGUGCUUACGUGCGUGUGUGUGUGUGUGUAUUGGUCUCCAGGGCCACGACCAGUUCAUCCCCAGGGUGAUGAUUCUGCCACUGGGUACGGGGAACGACCUGUCCAACUCCCUGGGCUGGGGGUCGGGCUACGCCGGGGAGAUCCCUGUGGAGCAGGUGCUAAGGAAUGUCCUUGAAGCAGAGGUGGUCAAGAUGGACAGGUCAGUGGCGAGCCAGAGGGAGUUGUGUAGCCUCCUGUGCUAAUGCUACAAUGCUAUGUAGCCCAAGUAAUGUAGCCUUCUGUGCUAAUGCUACGAAGAGCAAGUCCUGUAGCCUCCUGUGCUAAUGCUACGAAGCUCAAGUAACGCCUUCUAAUAGUACGAAAUCCAAGUCCUGUAGCCUUCUGUGCUAAUGCUACAAAGCUCAUGUAACGUAGCCUUCUGUGCUAAUGCUGCAAAGCUCAAUAUCCCUAGUUCCAUUUGUGUUGUAACAUGGUUGUAAAUGAUCCAGUAUGACAUUUUUAUAUUCAUUUUCCUAACAGGUGGAAAGUUCAGGUAGCCUCAAAGGGACUCUACUUUCGUAAGCCAAAGGUGAGUUGCAUUUCACCCUCUCUAGCUAGCCUCUUUUGAUCUUGUCCAUUUUGCCCUGCAUUUUGAUAUGAUUCAGUAACACAUGUUGUAUAUAUUCAGUGUGUGGCCCAUACAGGAAUUACACCUAUAACUCUGGUGUUGCCACUGCCAGAACCAUGUUCCAACCAUGUGAUCCAUUGCAAUCAUGGGGCUGUCCCAGGAAGCUAGAUCAAUGAGUAUGCCAGCUAACUGUCCAAAAUUGCUUGAAAUAACUUAUUUGUAAGAAAAAGGACUUAAAAUAGACAAGGUAUAAUUGACUCAACAAACAACAACCAAUAUACAAAUUUAGCGUUCUUAAUUAACCAGAAAAACAAGUUGCAUGGUUGUUUAUCAAAGUUAGCUGGUUAACUUAAUACUCCUGCUUUCUGGAAUUGAUUAUUCACUGUUUAUACCAUUGAUUUGAUCACUAAAGUCGUGUGUGUACUACUUUCAUCAGGUCCUGACCAUGAAUAACUAUUUCUCAGUGGGGCCGGAUGCUCUGAUGGCGCUCAACUUCCACAACCACCGUGAGAAGACCCCCUCCUUCUUCUCCAGUCGCAUCAUCAACAAGGUCAGAGUUGGCCAAAGACAUAUCUGAAAAUAUUAACAAACAUAUGCAAAUUACUUCACAUGGUUGAAUUUACAUACAGUAUGAGAGGAAAUAUACAGGAUGGUUGCUUGAGUGUAAUGGUCUACACAUCAAUUUGGAAAAAAUGCUUUAAUGCUACUUUUCUCUCUUAGUCAAAUACAUUUGAAAAUGCUUUUACUUACUGAAUAUUAAUUAUGUGGUUAGUUGUUCUAUAAAUGGCUGAUUCGGAAUAGUCUAGGAGUGGUUGUUUGGGUGAAAAUGUAAAAAAUAUUUGAAUUUGUUCCAACAUGUCCUUUGUCCAUAUUGCUUUCCCCUUUAUAAUAGUCAAACUGUUGCCUUUCCUUCUAGGCUGUAUAUUUCAUGUAUGGUACCAAAGAUUGCUUAGUUCAAGAAUGCAAAGACCUGGAUAAGAGGAUUGAGGUAAUGCACGCACGCAAACACACACACACAACACGCACGCAAACACACACAACACACGCACACAGACACACACAGUGGCCUCAGGGAUUGACUCAUGUCUAUUGUGCACUCUUUCACCUCUAUGCCUCUGGAAGAAUGUAAUAGAAUGUUCCAUUGCCUUGGUAAAUGUCACAAACUUAAAAUGAACUCAAGCAUUCUUUGUGCGUUGUGUAAUCCUUGGAUGCCUCCUUGAACUAGCUGAUACUCAUAUCAUUUAAUAAUAUUGUGUGUGACCGUGUGUGUAUGCAUGCUCGUGUGUGUGUGCCCGUGUGUGUGCCCGUGUGUGUGCCCGUGUGUGCUCCCACAGUUGGAGCUGGAUGGAGAGAGGGUGGCCCUGCCCAGUCUGGAGGGCAUCAUCGUGUGUAACAUCGGCUACUGGGGCGGAGGCUGUCGUCUGUGGGAGGGCAUGGGGGACGAGCCCUACCCCCCUACACGGUGAGCACCACUGGGUCACACAGAAACAAUAAAGGCUUCAUAAGCCCUACCAUCAGACAGACUGUCCAUUGAAAAGUUGUUUGUGUAUUAUCACUGAAAGCUAAAGAUCACUUUGUCCUUUUUUGUGAAGCCUUCAUAAACUCCAUAUUAGGCCUUUAGUGAUGCUUCAGAAGUCAUUCAUAAGCAAAUGUCAUUCUAUCUAAAGGGUGAUUUGUGAAGCAUAUAUCUAGGCCUUAUGAAACCUUUAUGAAUGCUCUAUAAAGCUUUUCUGACUUGUUAUUUCUAAGUGUUUUUCUCCUGUCCUCUAUCCCAGGCUGGAUGACGGGCUGCUGGAGGUGGUGGGUGUGUUUGGCUCCUUCCACUGUGCUCAGAUCCAAGUCAAGAUGGCUAACCCGGUGAGGCUGGGCCAGGCCCACACAGUCAGGGUGAGGUUACAACACCAUUCCAUCACCACCACUUGCUGUUUAUCUCCACAGUGUGAGGGGACAGCAGUGGUCUACUGGACACAUUUGUGUCUGGUGUAUUCUGUGUUUCCUUCCUGGUUCUGUCAUUUUGACCUUAGCUGAAUAGAUACAGUACCAGUUUGAAUGGCCAUCUUUUCUAAGUAAUGGAGUAAUUAGCUAGUUUUGUCUUAAAUGUGGUUAGUUCAUGUCAAUGUACUUAAAAUAUGCUUUUACUGUGCUCAUCACUGUUCAGCUCUCCUCCACCCACCUCUCACCGCUUUCCUUCUUCACUUUUCUCCACCCAUCUCUCUUACCACCUCUCCCUUCCUAUCUCUCUGUAGCUGGUGCUGAAGACGUCCCGGAUGCCCAUGCAGGUGGACGGGGAGCCGUGGGCCCAGGGCCCGUGCACCAUCACCAUCACCCACAAGACCCAGGCCUUCAUGCUCUACCACAGCGCCGAGCAGACCGACGACGACGACGAAUCCAGCACCUCCGAGGCUGAGAGCUCCGCCCCCCAUGACUCUCCUAAGCCAGCAGGUCCCGCCUCUGCUCGUGCCUGAGCCCCCAAGUUCCACCUCCUCAAUGUUUCUUCCAUACCCCUCCUUUGUUCGUUAUGGUAAAUGCUUAUGACAAUUGCCACGCUUGCACACUCCCCAGAUGUUAUAAGCCAGAGCUCAGACAUAUUCCCGCCUCGUGGUGAAGGUGGGAGGGAAGGAAGGAGGGAGAUGUUUCAGUGGAGGAUGGGCUGUAUAUUUGCACUGAUCCCUUGUGCCAUAGUAAAACAGUUCUAUAGUAUUAAUAGUUUGGCAGUGUUUCCCAACAUGGACCCUGUGUGUCCCUGACUCAGGAGGAAGCAUUGGCCUCGACACUCUGACUCCUAUGAUAGAAUAUAUAUUUGUAAGUCAGUCACUGGACAUUUUGUUUUAUUUACUCUAUUUCAUGAUGAUGCACUGUUACUGCCCUUGUUGGCCAAAUCCCCUAUUACAUGUGCUGUAUUGGACAGACACUAGUUAGUGGUUACUAAGUCUUAAGAAAAUGUUACUUGACUAUAUUUCUUAAAAUGAGUUUAUUAGGACACCUAGUCAACCAUUCCUAGUGAAAUACAGUUGAAGUCGGAAGUUUAC